GAUACGCAGAAGUGGGGAACAGAAUCAGUCGUUGGCGGAGAUCGAUCUGGUGAACAACUAGCACAGGAUUUAACAUGGAUAACAUUGAUGAGGACCUGACCCCCGAGCAGAUUGCCGUUCUGCAGAAGGCAUUCAACAGCUUCGAUCACCAGAAGUGCGGCAGCAUCUCCACCGAAAUGGUGGCCGAUAUCCUGCGCCUCAUGGGUCAGCCCUUCGACAGGCAGAUCCUCGAAGAGCUCAUCAAUGAGGUCGAUGAGGACAAGUCCGGUCGCCUGGAGUUCGAGGAGUUCGUCCAGCUGGCUGCCAAGUUCAUCGUUGAGGAGGAUGACGAGGCCAUGCAGAAGGAGCUGCGUGAGGCUUUCCGCCUGUACGACAAGCAGGGCAAUGGCUACAUUCCCACCUCCUGCCUCAAGGAGAUCCUCAAGGAGCUGGACGAUCAGCUGACCGAGCAGGAAUUGGACAUCAUGAUUGAGGAAAUCGAUUCUGACGGCUCCGGCACCGUGGACUUUGAUGAAUUCAUGGAGAUGAUGACUGGCGAGUAAGCCUUUGUGGAAAACCAACACAUCGCGUCACUAUUAAUUGUCUACUACCCGCUAUCCCGAGGCUUGAAUAAACGUUUUUGUAUUUGAUUUGUA